AUCCUAUUUCCAUAUAUGCCAACCAAGAAGAGCAUAAAUAAGAGUUCAUCAACCUCCUCGUUUCAUCUGAACAUCGAUUCUUGCUGAUAUAUCAUAGUUAAUAAAAAAUUAGUUAGUUAUGGCUCCAAAGUUAUACUCUACCAUCCUCAGUCCCUGUGUGAGGGCUGUUUUACUCUGUGCAAAGGCUUUGGGGGUCGAAUUGGAGAUUGUUGAGGUCGAUGUGGUCAACGGGGACCAGCUCAAAAACGAAUUUCUGAAGCUGAAUCCGCAACAUACUGUCCCAACUUUGGUAGACGAUGGGGUAGUUGUUUGGGACAGUCACGCUAUAAUGAUUUAUCUCGCAGAGAAAUACGGCAAAGAAAAUCCCCUGUAUCCUUCUGAUCCUAGUAAGAGAGCCAUAAUAAACCAGAGACUGUUCUUCGAUUCAGGAGAUUUGUUUUCCAAGUCUACUCCCAUUGCCGGUAUGAUUAUAUUCGGAGGAGUCAAGCAAAUUCCAGAAAAGAACGCGAAAGCUCUUAGCGAAGCUUACGGUUUUCUGGAAGCUUUCCUGGAAAGAGGAAAAUAUGUUGCUGGAGACGCUAUGACCAUUGCCGAUUUUAGCAUAUGGACUACGAUGACGAAUGCGUCUUGUUUCGUUCCUAUCGAUGAGAAAAUUUACCCCAACAUAACGGCUUGGAUGAAACUGAUGGGGACCCUUCCAUAUCAAGAAUUGAAUGCUGUUGGAGGAGGACUAUUUAGGGACCUUGUGGAAUCCUCGCUAGCAAAAUCAUAAAAUGUCGAAUUAUGGUUCUGUAAAUGUCGAAUUAUGGUUCUGUACAAUAGGCAUGUUAUAUUCUCCAGGGAUCCUGAGUCAAUAAGACAUACUAGUUUUCAUGAUGUUUAAUGAUUUAAUCAGGACACAACUUUAUUCAUCAAGAUGACAAUGUACUGUCAAAAAAACAUAGAACACAAAAUAAAUGAUACAACAUACAA